AUGUCUGAACCUACGAUCAAACGAGAAGAGUCGACCGAAGAUUCAGACAUGAGGCUGCGAACGAUUUCUCCAAGCGCACCUUCUACUAUAUCGCUACUUGCGCCCUCCCUCGACAGCAACGACUCUGAGCUGCAAGGAAUGCGCACCGAAGGCGUUCCGACGCAGGCCAAUUUCGCGCCAAACAGCUACUCUGACGACUCGAUUUGCAUGUACAAGAUGGAGAACUCAGAGGUUCGUGAUCCCGAGUGUUUGCUGCCCCGCUCGCGUUGCUGUGGUGUUGGCGCACUUUCCAUCUGGAGUGCCAUCUCCCCUCAGAUUAACGUCACAACAAACUCUACUGGCCAAAACAUCCCCAGGUCUUGUAACCUGGAUUGUAUUGGCCACAAGAUUAAGACUGACCACCACAUUCAGCAGGAAAUACUGUACGGAAUGUUUCGAGACGACUUUGAACCGCAUGACGCGCAAGGGUUACACCUGCCCUUCGUAGCGAGCACGACGAAUGUCCAAGGUAAGCUCUCUCCCCAACUGGCAGCGCAAUGUUUGCGCAGUCCGGGGUAUCGUCUGGUUCCUCUGGAGAGCCAGGAUUGCACCAUUUGCGGUUCUGUUAACGCCAUCAUAGACGGUAGCGACGAUCCCGUCCUCUUACCACAGACCGACACGGAUGAGCUCGCUCUUCGGGUUGACAGUCUGCGCAAUGCGACCGCGUACAACGGACAGCAAGUUGCGGAACAUGAUGGGAUCAUCGCUGAAGUGCUUGUAUUCAAUCAGAACAUCGAGUCCGUCGUUCAGCACCUCACUCAACGCCUCGCCACUGUGGAAUACGAGAAUGCCCGUCUGAAGUCCAUGCUUGGAAAUCAAGGCGCGCACACCUACAACGAGUUGAAGACUGCUGUGAUCCAGCAGCCCAAGAGCUGGCGCCGAAAUGACAAUGCUAAACGCCCGCGUAGCCCGUCGCAAGGACCGUGUGACUACGGUGAUUGUGGUGAUGAAGAGGCAGACGGACGCGCUCUGUAUGAAGAGCAUUCCAGAGGUCGUCGCAUGAAAAUUCGAAAGCAGCUUCAGAUCGCGAUACCAGAUGAUCUUGCUCCCCCCAUGACGGGCACGCCUCUAUCCAAAGCCACUAACAAUCCAUCCAAUGUCCAGCUGCCAACUCUACCCCAGACACCGUUGACGCCUGGCCGAAUCGGACCUGGCAACUUGACCAAGAGAUCUUCGACAUCGUUGCACAAGCGCAAGAUGCACAGCCUUGACAAGAUGCUGCCUCCGUCCCUCGUCGAGAUCCCGCAUAUGCCCUUGACGGACACAGAGGUUAUUGUUUACUUCUUCCAAUCCAUAUCACGGCCUACCGUAGCGCUCCGCCUGUACGCCCGCGAAUGGGGUCCUCGUAACAUUGUUGACGCGCUCCAUGCACACCGAACAAUCGAGCCACCCUACCUUCGUAACACGUGCUCGGUAAAAUGCACGACCGCGAUCAAAUUGGGCAGAGCCAAGUUUGGUGAAGAUUGGGAGGAUAAUCUUACUACUGCCUACAAGCAAGCCGACGACGUCUUGGCCACUGAUCUCAUGCGUCUCGAUGCGAACGAGUCCCCGCAGGCUCUCAACUACUAUGUGCGCAACCUAUGCACUGGCAUGAUCAAGCAUCCCAAAGUAGGCGUAGAUGGUGGCAUCUUCUCCCGCUGUGUUCAGUACUGUCAAGAGACUCAGGCCCCGUAUACACUCUCCAACGUCUGGAUGCUGGCCCACGAUUUGCAGUCGGGCCGCACUCCGACGCACCCAUCUCCUAAUCCUGAUAUGGACAGCUUCAUUCAAGAGCAGUACCCUUUCAUUGGCCAGAACGAAGGCGACCAGGAGUUGAAAUACGAACCUUCAGAGGCCCCGAAGACACCCAGGACACCCAAGAUGUCUAAGACAGUCAAAGAGCCCAAGACGCCUGUCACGCCAAAGACACCCAAGACGCCAAAGGGUAAGCUCGCUGUAGCAAAGUACAGUCAUUAUAGCAGCUCUGAACUUGCCGCAUCGCGCUCCACAACUCCGGGCUCAGUCUUUAGCGCAAAUACUGGCAAUACGGACGAUACUUAG